ACCGCAGAGAGCAGGGGGGCACCACCAAGGCACAGAGGUUUUCAAUAACGAAUACGUGUGAAACCUUUACAUCAUAGCACCUGCCCCAAGGGCCGUAAUACGGGAGAUUACCAAAUAUUCCACAAGGGGAGAUAUCUAUUGGUUAUCUCCGUGGAUGGAGGAUUACGCUAAAUUGCUUCCUUACUCUCCCCCACCUCUUAGUAAAGUAACUUCACCCGUGGCAUUUGAUUGACGGCUCCAUAUUUUCAGUUUGGAUUUUUUUUUCUGUUGCUUGAGAAAGGACAGCAAGGAGGGAGUAAAUAAGGGAAAGGAUAAAACAAGUCACAGCUUCCGAAAAACUCAUCUGGAAAGCGGCUAUCGCAGAGGAGAAACUGAGUUUUGCAGUUCAUUGAAAAUCCCUUGGAACAUUUUUGCUGACUUAAAAGUUGCCAUGACGACCGAAUUACAAGAAAUUGCCAACACUGAGGAGAAGCCUCUACUUCCGGGUCAGCCUGAUCCUACCAAGGAAGCAGAACUUGCAGCUCAAAUCCUGUUAGACCAAGGCCAGGAGCACAGCAUUGAAACCCCCCAUGGCUUGCUCCAUGUCACUGUGCACGGCACUGGAAACACACGACGCCCUCCCAUUCUCACCUUCCAUGAUGUGGGCCUGGAACAUAAGAGCUGUUUCUCCACGCUGUUUAAGUUUGAGGAAAUGCAGGAGAUAGUGAAGGGCUUCACUGUCAUCCACAUCGAUGCCCCAGGGCAAGAGGAGGGGGCAGCAGCUUAUCCCCUGGGGUAUCAGUAUGCAUCACUGGAGCAGUUGGCAGACAUGAUCCCUGCAGUUCUGCAGUAUUUUAAUGCCCGCACUGUGAUUGGUGUUGGUGUGGGUGCUGGAGCCAACAUUCUCUCCAAUUUUUCACUGAACAAUCCGGACUUGGUGGAAGGCCUGGUUCUGAUCAACAUUGAUGCCCAUGCCCGAGGCUGGAUGGACUGGGCUGCUCAUAAGCUGACCACUUUGACAUCCUCCAUCACUGAGCAAAUUCUGAGUCAUCUCUUCAGUCAGGAGGAGUUGUCAGCAAAUACAGAGUUGGUGCAGUGUCAUAGAGAGAGGAUAUCUAAAGCCCCAAAUCUGUACAACAUGGAGCUCUUCUGGAAGAGUUACAACAGCCGGAGAGAUCUGAAUAUGGAUCGGAGCAGCACCCUAAAGUGCCCAGUAAUGCUGGUGGUGGGAGACCAGGCGCCGCAUGAAGAGGCAGCGGUGGAGUGCAACAGCAAGCUGGACCCAACAACCACGUCAUUCCUCAAGAUGGCUGAUGGUGGUGGUCUGCCUCAGCUCACCCAGCCCAGUAAACUGACCGAGGCGUUCAAAUAUUUCAUCCAGGGGAUGGGCUACAUGGCCUCUUCCUGUAUGACUCGCCUCUCUCGGUCUCGCACCGCCUCUCUCACCUCCGCACUCUCCAUGGAUGGGUCCCGCUCCCGGUCUCGCACCCUGUCCCAGGGCUCCCUCAGCGGCCAGAUGCCCCCCAGCCCCUCCCAUACCAUGGAGGUGUCCUGCUGAGCGUGCUCAGACAGGGAACAAGAGAGAGAGCGCGAGAGAGAGGGAGAGAGAGAGAGAGAGAGAGAGAGAAAGAGCUACGGAGGUGGAAUACCACUAUAGAGACACUGGGAAGGACCCCCUACUGGCCGCUCUACAAACUGCAUCUUCAUCCUCAUCAAUUCAUCUGAAUCUGAGGAAGAAGACUUACAGGCAACAGUUUACCCCUUUGUCAUCUUUCUCCCUCUAUUCCUCCCUCUUUCUCUCUCCUCCCCUCUCUGUCUCUGUCCCUUCCCCUCUCCCCUCUCCCCUCCCUCCCUCCCUCCCUCCCC